CCAGAAAUUGUAACGUAAUCUUCUGUUGUUUUUCUCCUAUCUCCAGCUGGUACCAUUUCUCCAUCUGAGCUAGUCCCUAUUCCUAUGGCAUCCCAAGCGUCUACCAGUGUGGUUAUGUCUCCAGAUGGAUAUGAUAUUGAUAAAAUUGAAGAAGACAUCAAAAUCUUGGAGGAUAUGUUUCACAAGCUAAAGCGAAUGGUUCUCACUUUGCUUCAAGUAAAUGCCAUUAAAGUGGAAGUUAUCGUCCAUAACCUAACCGAAUUGCCAGCAUCUCAAAUGUCCCAGCAUGAGCCUUACUUUGAGAAGAACUUAGACAAACUAGAAAAAUGCACAGAACACAUACCAUUAUUCUCGCGUCUAAAUCUUCACUGGAACUAUCUCUCUCCUCAAUUACUCUUCCAUCUGGUUCGUGAAUUCCUGGCUGACACGGACGCUAAAAAAGAAAUGAUUUCAUAUGAUGCACACCUUAGUCAGUUCAGGUGUUGCACGCAUCUGCAGCUCUUCUGUCAGAUAGAAGAAGAGGAUAUCGAGCCACCAGAGGGAUUUUCAAAGAUUGUGGCAAAGUUUGAAAAACACAUUUCGGAGAAAACGACGCUGGAAGAUGUUGAAAAGUUUAGGUUGAGGUUGGCAAGGCACUACAGGCUGCGUGACUUUGCACUCAUGCUUAAACCAAAAAUCAGGCCAGGAUCAUUCAUCGUCUCAUUUUUUGUUCCUUCUUCUGUCCUCGAGAGACUAAAAGUCGACGUCCCGAAGAAAGAUAUUUUUGAGGAUUUCGGCAUCACACGAAUGGACGUUGAUGAAUAUUGUGUGUACUGUGAUGUCAGUGCAACAGCUCCAGCAGCUGGUGGGUCCCUCCACAUGUCAAUGAUGACUACUGGUUCUCGCUCUGCAACCAUCACUUCAGUCUCUUCGCACUCAUUGUCAGAUGCAGUCCCUGGUUCCGCGGAGGUCUCUGACACUCACCAUUCCACAGAAAGUUCUACAGCCUCUUUGCAGCCCCAGUCCUCGGAUGGAGCUCAUAGUUCAAGGAAGUCUGCUUCACUGCUCAAGAAAUCACCACCCAUGUUGGCCGUUCCAGCUCUUGACCACGACGGGACACCAGAGCGCAUGCGAGACUGGAUAUGUAGAAUGGUGGACUCGAGUCGCUUCCACGGGCUGGAGUGGAUCAACCCCGAAAAGACCAUCUUUCGCGUACCGUGGAUCCAUGCAAAGAAACGCGGCUUCUGCAAGGAGCGAGAUGCGGCCCUAUUCCGAGAGUGGGCCAUACACUCGGGCAGGUAUCGUGACGAGUCAGAUCCGACCGUGUGGAAAAUCAACUUUCGUUGCGCCAUCAACGGCCUGAAGGACAUAAUGGAGAUCAAGGACCUGCAGACGGAAGACUGUCGCGUGUACAAGGUCCUCCCGAGCCGACGGGCGCGACGCAAGCCCCAUCGCCGCUUCCCCAAUGUGGAGCCCUACGGACCCAUUAUGACACCGCCAAACUACUCUGUGUAUACCCCUCCUUCCUUUGGCUUCUACACCUUGAGCCCGCUCAGAGUCCCAUCGCCUCCCAACAUUAAGUCUGAGCUCAGCAGCUCGGAGGCCGACGAGAUUAUAGAAGAGUUGGAGCGUGGUGAAGAGCCAGAGACGAGAAGCAGUAUACAGGUCCCACUGCCACUGCCGCUGCCACUGGAUCUGCCACGGCCACAGGAUCUGCUACAGGAUCUGCAACAAGAUCUAAGGUUCCCUGACAUGAGUAGCCUCCCUGCCGAAGAAUUCGUGGUUACCAACAAUCCUGGAGGAGACCCCACAGCAGCCCAGGCAACAACCACUCCCCGCAGUUUGGAAUAGGGACCCUCGCAAGAACCGACCUCAGUCCUGGUGCCGAAAGUGAUUGCAGAGAGUGAGAGCCUCUGAACUUAUAGUUUAGCCUCUAUUUGUAUUAGGAACUCUGGACAGGUAUUG